AUGUGUAGCUAUAACCGUGUUAACGGUACAUACGUCUGCGAGAACAAAUAUCUCUUGAAGAGCGUACUUCGAGAUGAGAUGGGUUUCGACGGAUAUGUCAUCUCUGACUGGUUCGCAACUCAUUCUGGGGCAAAAUCGAUCAAUGCCGGAUUAGACCUCAACAUGCCUGGCGCCUAUGACGAAUCAACCGUUCAGACAGGUCAGAGCUACUGGGGUCCAGAAAACAUCACCGCCAUGAUCGACGAGGGCUCAGUCGAGGGGGCACGAAUUGACGAGAUGGUCCGCAGAAUUCUUACCGGCUACUAUUACAUGGACCAAGACACAAGCGAAUACCCGAAAACCGAUCGGUCUCUCAUGUACACUUUUGCGGCUUGGUCAAAUUUCCUAGAUCGCUUCCCACCUCCGUACCCUGAAUCACGCGACGUCCGCGGACAACACGGCGAUCUCAUUCGAAGAAUUGCUGCCGAGUCGACCGUCCUCCUUAAGAACGAAGGCAUCCUCCCGCUCAAGAACCCGAAGAAUAUUGGAGUAUUUGGUAACGAUGCGGCAGACCCUACUGACGGUCUCACUUUCAACCGACAAUUCGAGACUGGAACCCUUGACGUUGGAAGUGGCGCGGCUUCAGGAAGACAUACGUACUUGGUGUCUCCGUUGGAGGCAGUCAAGGCUCGAGCCAAAGAGACGGGGUCGCGAGUUCAGUACAUGCUACGGAAUAGCGUCAUUGCGCAAGGCGACUUUUCGGCUCUGUACCCGAUUCCUGACGUUUGUUUGGUCUUCCUCAAUUCUUUUUCUGGGGAGACGCGAGACCGGACCAGCUAUGAGCUAGACUGGAACUCAACCGCCGUCGUGGAACAGGUUGCCGAGAGAUGUAACAAUACGAUUGUGGUCACCCAUUCUGUCGGCGUCAAUACGAUGCCUUGGGCAGAUCAUCCGAACGUCAAAGCUAUUCUCGCUGCACACCUUCCGGGCCAGGAGACAGGCAACUCAAUUGUCGAUGUCUUGUGGGGAGACGUCAACCCGUCUGGGAGGCUGCCAUACUCUAUUCCAUUCAACAGCAGCGAUAUCGACAUCCCUAUCGUCAACCUCACAAAUGCUACAUCACCUGACGCUUGGCAGUCAGACUUCGAAGAGGGCCUUUUGAUUGACUAUCGCCAUCUUGACGCGAAUGAAAUCGAACCUCGCUACGCCUUUGGAUUUGGGCUAAGCUAUACCACUUUUGAGAUGUCCCGUGAGGUUGACUUAGUGAAAUUUGCCCACAAUCUAACUGCAGAACCCGAUGCGUCGAAGUCUGUCAUUCCAGGUGGCCAUCCAGAUCUUUGGGAUAGCGUCCUGACAAUCAAGGCCAAGGUAACCAAUACAGGCCUGAUCACUGGAGGUGUCGUCCCGCAACUCUACGUCUCACUGCCUGCUUCUACCUCACCACCGGGAACACCAGUCCAAGUGCUUCGGGGAUUUGAGAAGCUCGUACUGGCAGCUGGUGAGAGCGGCGAUGUUCUUUUUGAGCUUACGAGACGUGAUGUGAGCUAUUAUGAUGAACUACAUCGCACGUGGGUCAUUCCGGAGGGCAUUUUCAAGUUUCAUGUCGGAUUUAGCUCCCGAGAUAUCAAGGCAACACUGGAGCAUGUAAUGUUUCUUCCGGAAUGA